CUCGGCGCAGCACCAAUGGCGGCUCCCAUGUCCUGGAGGAGGCUGGUGCACUCCGUGUACUCACCGGCCAUCGCCGGGGUGUUCACCCGCAUAUCUGACCGGCUCUUCCGCGCACGGGACAGACGAGGCGGGAAACGAAGACACAUCCAUAGUGAUGUGUUGUUGUCCACUGAAGAGCCCAGCAUUUGACACAAAUUUGUUAUUCUGGAGGACCGUGAGUCAACCCCACACCAACUGCUCGGUUUUCCGUGGAGACUUUUAAAGGGAAGAAAUAAACUCCUCUGUGCUGCUGCUGGCCCCCCUGCUGGCCGAAGCCGACCCGGCCCCGCGUUGCGUCACCAGGCCCGCCGGCUCAGCUGGAGAUCAGGGCAGCGCCGACGGCCUCUGCUCGCGCUUCCGAUGGAUGGCGGAGCACGUACCCGCCUUCAGGGUGCCGGGAACCCACAUCCACAUUCUCACCUCACCCGACCAGUUCUACCAGGCCAUGAAGGCACGAAUCAAGACUGCGAAGAGGCGAGUGGUGAUGGCCUCGCUGUAUCUGGGAACAGGUCAGCUGGAGCAGGAGCUGGUGAGAAACUUGGUUGACUGUAUCGAGGACGCUCUUCAACACUCACAGGACCACAGUCACUCUCCAGACCUGAAGGUCUCCAUAUUGCUCGACUACACUCGCGGAUCACGAGGGCAGAUUAACUCGAGGACCAUGCUGCUGCCGUUGUUGCAGCGCUUUACCUCUCAGAUGCGCGUGUCUCUGUACCACACUCCGGACCUGCGGGGGCUGCUGCGGCUGCUGGUCCCGCAGCGCUUCAACGAGACCAUCGGAGUCCAGCAUAUCAAGGUCUACCUGUUCGACGACAGCAUCAUCAUCAGCGGGGCCAACCUGAGCGACUCCUACUUCACAAACCGACAGGACCGCUACGUGCUGCUAGAGAACUGCCGGGAGGUUGCCGACUUCUUCUACGACCUGGUGGAGGCAGUGGGAGACGUCUCCCUGCAGCUGCAGCCCGACGACACGGUCAACAUGCUGGACGGCAUGGUGCACCCGUACAAAGGCAACAGACAGGAAUUCUCGGCGGUGGCGAGGCAGCGGAUCAUGGAGGUCGUGAGCACGGCUCACACCAGGCAGCGUCUUCUGAACCCGUCAGAGGACUCGGAGGACGAUGGGGGAAUGAGUGAGGGGGAGGAGGACACUUGGGUCUUCCCUCUGGUCCAGAUGAAGCCUCUGGGCAUCCAGGUGGACGAGCAGGUCACACAGCGUUUGCUGACGGACGCCGGGCCGGACUCCACCGUGUUCCUGACGUCGGGUUACUUCAACCUGACGCAGGCGUACAUGCGGCUGGUGCUUGGCGCCGGCGCCAACUACCGCAUCCUCACCGCCUCGCCGGAGGUCAACGGCUUCUUCGGCGCCAAGGGCGUCGCCGGCGCAAUUCCUGCGGCGUACGUCCACAUCGCCCGGCAGUUCUACAACCGGGUGUGCCAGCUGGGCCAGCAGGAGAGGGUGCACCUGCACGAGUACCACAGGAACCAGUGGACCUUCCACGCCAAAGGUCUGUGGUUUUACCUCCAGGGGCAGGAUCGGCCAUGCCUCACGCUAAUUGGCUCCCCUAAUUUUGGUUACCGCUCGGUUCACCGUGACCUGGAGGCCCAGAUCGCCAUAGUAACGGAGAACGAGGAGCUGCAGAGCCAGCUGCAGGAGGAGCAGGAGAUGUUGUACCAGCGCUCCACCGAGGUGUCCAGCGCCACGUUCGAGCGGCCGGACCGCCACGUCAGGCUGUGGGUGAAACUGGUCACGCCCCUCAUCAAGAAUUUCUUCUGAGAUACCAUCAGGAGGCAAACUCGUCUUCGGAUCAUCUCGGACCCUGAGGUUGAAGGUCGAAGGUCUCUGUGGAGGUCGGCCCGCUCCAGAACGAGCGCUGGGGAAUCUGCUUCUUCGGCUUCACCUCAGCCACAAACCCUCGUCGGUGACUCACAUCAGCGGACAGACGUGGUGGAGUCAGGAGGUGAAUCCUUGUUUUUGUUUUUUUAAUUCAAGCUCCAGAUCCUGCAUAUCGUUCACUCUGUUAGUUUAUACAUUAACACCCGGCGUCAUCCUCAUCAUACUGUGGAUCUCUACAUGUUGCAUGUAAUAAGAAGAAAGCAAUAGACUUCACCAGCGAGUGUCCCUGGUGAACAGACGGGUGUGGUGAAGCGUAACGAGUCCUCGAGGAGCCUUAAUCAUAGUUUUUGAGAUUUCUUGCCGUGUGUUUGCCCGCAGCAGUAAUCAACGUCAACUGUACAGUGUCUGUGUGGGUGAUUAUUUGUACAUUAAAGGAUGAAGUGAUGAGUUUUUAAA